AUGUCCUCGUUCUUCUUCUCCACCCCAGUCGAUAUCGAUAUUGUCCUCGAGGAUACCGACGGCCGCCAGACUGUUGAUGUCAAGCUUGAUAAGAACCGAAGGGAGAAGGCCCCUUUGUACCUCGACGGAGAAUCAGUGAAAGGAGCUGUGACCAUAAGACCCAAGGAUGGAAGACGAUUAGAGCACACCGGCAUCAAAGUCCAAUUCAUUGGCUUAAUCGAAAUGUUCUUCGAUCGCGGCAACCAUUAUGAGUUUCUCUCUCUUGGCCAGGAACUCGCUGCCCCCGGCGAACUUCAGCACCCCCAGACAUUCCCAUUCAACUUCAAAAACGUCGAGAAGCAGUACGAAUCAUACAACGGUAUCAAUGUCAAACUCCGCUACUUUGUGAGAGUGACUGUGUCAAGGCGGAUGGCAGAUGUGAUUCGAGAGAAGGACAUAUGGGUCUACUCAUACCGGAUACCACCAGAGACCAACAGUUCCAUCAAGAUGGACGUCGGCAUCGAGGACUGUUUGCACAUUGAGUUCGAAUACUCCAAGAGCAAAUAUCACCUUAAAGAUGUGAUUGUUGGCCGCAUAUACUUCUUGCUGGUCAGAUUGAAGAUCAAACAUAUGGAAUUGUCCAUCAUUCGACGAGAAACAACCGGUGUCGCACCAAACCAGUACAAUGAAAGCGAGACGCUGGUGAGAUUCGAGAUCAUGGAUGGCUCACCCUCACGAGCAGGAGAGACCAUUCCCAUCCGCCUGUUCCUCGGAGGUUUCGACUUGACACCAACGUUCCGAGAAGUCAACAAGAAAUACUCCACGAGAUAUUACUUGAGUUUAGUCCUGAUUGACGAAGAUGCUCGCCGUUACUUCAAACAGUCCGAGAUCGUGCUGUACCGGCAGGCACCGGACACGGCACCGCAACUCGCCAUUGACAACCCCAGUGUCGGUGGCAAGCAUCCGAUUCAGUCCAUUCCCACACCUGCCUAG